AUGCAUAUUGAAACACCGCUCGACGGGGACGCGAGUGUGCUGUCCGAGAAUGCGGCGGCACAAGCCAUACGGAAGAGCUACGUCCACGGAGUGUCCAGCAUUCCGCUGCUCUUCGACACAAUUGGCGAUCGUCUCCGGAUGGCCGUCGAUCAGGUGCCGGAUCGCGAAUUUGUCAUCUUCAAGCGUGAUGGUAUACGUAAAACCUAUCAGCAACUUCUCCACGAUUGUGAAAAAUUGGCCACCGGUUUGCUGCAUUUGGGUUUGAACCGCGGUGAUCGUGUCGGAAUGUGGGGUCCAAACUUGUACGAAUGGAUUGUUUGCCAAUUUGCCACUGCCCUUGCUGGCAUGAUUUUGGUAAACAUAAACCCAUCAUAUCAGUCGGAAGAGUUGAAAUUUGCGCUUGGUAAGGUAGGCAUUAAAGCACUAAUCUCACCUGCAAGUUUCAAGAAAUCAAAUUACUACUUAUCGAUGGUGGAUGUUAUCCCGGAUCUUGCCGUUAAAGCGGAAGGUAAAGGUGAUGUAUCAGCGGAUUACUUUCCUAAAUUUCGUCAUCUGAUCAUCAUUGAUCGAAAUGAUGAUAACAAAUCAUACAGAGGAGCUUGGAGAUAUUCGGAUGUGAUAAAAAUGGGUACAGAAGAAGAUCGAUUAAAAUUAGCCGAUAUUGAACGACAGAUACAACCGGAUGAUCCAGUUAAUAUACAGUAUACCAGUGGUACUACCGGACAACCAAAAGGAGCUACCUUAACUCACCAUAAUGUUGUUAAUAACGCAUAUUUCGUUGGACGACGUGCUGGUUAUAAUGAAAAACGUACAAUAAUUUGUAUUCCAAAUCCAUUGUAUCAUUGCUUUGGUUGUGUUAUGGGCAGUUUAAGCGCAUGUGUACACCUGCAAACUUGUGUCUUCCCAGCGCCAUCAUUCGAUGCUUUAGCUGCUCUUCAAGCUAUACACGAAGAAAGGUGCACAGCAGUUUAUGGCACACCAACAAUGUACAUUGAUAUGCUGAACCAUCCUCAGUACAAGCAGUACGAUUGCACAUCGAUUACGUCAGGUUUUGUGGCCGGAGCACCAUGUCCUAUAGCUUUAUGCCAAAGACUUGUGAGUGAAUUGGGUAUGCGUGAUUUACAGGUAUGUUAUGGUACAACAGAAACCAGUCCAGUAUCUUUUAUGUCACUUAGAGACGAACAACCGGAAGAGCGUAUCAAAUCUGUUGGCUAUAUUAUGGAUCACCUUGAAUCGGCUGUAGUUGACAGUGAAGGAAUAAUUUUACCACGUGGUGAACGUGGUGAAGUACUCGUCCGAGGUUAUUCCGUGAUGAAAUACUAUUGGAAUAAUGAACGUCAGACUAAGGAAGAAAUUACAGCUGACAGAUGGUACCAUACUGGUGAUAUUGGUGUAAUUCAUGAGAAUGGGUCGUUGAGUAUUGUUGGCAGAAAAAAAGAUAUGAUUGUACGUGGUGGUGAAAAUAUUUAUCCACUGGAAAUUGAGCAGUAUUUGUUCCGACAUCCAAAAAUUGAAGACGUACAGGUUGUCGGCGUGCCGGAUGAACGGUACGGUGAAGUAGUAUGUGCAUGGAUACGGUUACGUGAUAGUGCGGGUGAUAUUACGGAGGAGGAUAUCCGGGAUUUUUGCAAAGGACGAAUUGCACACUUCAAAAUUCCACGAUAUAUCUUAUUCAAAAAAGAAAAUGAAUUUCCGCUAACAGUAACGGGUAAAAUUAAAAAAUAUGAGAUAAGAGAAUUAUCAAAAAUUGAACUUGGAUUGGAGCAGAUCAAACGACGUGUUGAUCAUUUCAACGGCGAAUGGGUUUUUGACGUACAAGCAGAAAAGCACUCAGCCAAGCCAAGAGGCUAA